AUGGUGCGCAUGACGCGUGCCAUGAGGGCGACCAAGUUCCAAGGGUUGUUUGAGGAUGGAUUGGAUUUGUUGUCUCGUGCCGUGGACAGAAGGGUUGUCAGGGAGAUUCCACAGACAGUCCAGGCCGUGCAAGCAAAACAGAAAAUGCUGUUGGGUGUUGUGAGCUUCGGUUUGAGCGAGGAAGAGCAAGAUUUCAUAUUGAAGACAUUCAACGGACGCUGGGAUGAGGAAGUUGACCACACGGGCCGGUUUCAGCACUGGUGUUGCGGGUGUUGCGCCAAUCAAGAAGCGUGUGUCCAGCGUUGUCGUGAGGCCCUUCGACUCCUCUUCGAGGCAUUUCCUCAAGUGCCUCUCCUCUACCGUUGGAAGGGCUGGACUGAAUGCCAGAGCUACACGACCCGUGGAGUUUUUAUUCACGGUUUCAUGCCAUUCUUGAUCAGACGAUGCUGCAGCAAACAAAGCCAGGAAACUGUUGAUUUACAAGCAAUGGAUGAAGAUGCUCCUGACUUGUCGUAUUCUGCUCGACAGGAAAUUCGGAUGAGCAAGACCCUGGCACUUGUAACAUCCCAGAACAUUCGGGCAGAACUUGGGAAGUCAAUGCUGGUGCACUGGCCUAUUGCAACAUUGAUGGAUUUCAUAUCUUAUGUGGAAACUUGCCGCGACCGGUUGCAGAUGCGGUCUCGCUCCCUUGUCCUACCCCAGAGUGCCUGUGCAUGCACCGAGCAAGAGCUCUGCAAAAUGAAUUGGGCGCUGUUUUCUGGACAGAAAGGCAUUGAUGCUGUGAAGGAGUUCACAACUUUGUUGCUUGCGCCUCCGGACGAUGAAAUUUACGAUGCAUGCAACAUAACCUUUGCCAGCGUCCUGCCUCAUGUUUUCCCCACCAUGUGUGAUACAUGGCGGAGAAUGUGGCUGCCUGCUCAGAGAAAGAAAACCCAAUUGCUUGGGGUCGGCAUGAUGACCUUGGAGGCAGCAACAACUUUUUUGAAAGAUCUGUCGAGACUGGACCUCUGUUGUGUGGGCGAUCCUUUCGUGCAGGUUGCUUUGCAUGUUGCUGGUAACGGUGAUAAGUUGCAGGGCGUGCAACAGCUGGUGGAUUUGCUCAGGGUCACUUUGUGGUAUGGGUGCAUCCUCGAAGGCUUCAAAGAAGCCGCGACGUGUGUGUGCAUUCAAUGUGUUCCAGCAGAGCAAAAUGAAAGGCAGAUCGGCUCAGCAGAAUACCGCGAUUUGUUGCAGAGAGUGAAGUUGGAGUGGGACCACACAUCUCUGGAAGGCCGUGCAGUUUACGAAGCACGAGCACACGAGCAGAACCUAGCCCGCGCAGCACAAUGCCGCCAAACAUUGAGGGACACCGAAUGCCAGGAAGCCACUGCUUCGGAUGUGUUGUCGUCUUCGCAGCGCAAGCGGCUGGGACAAGUGCAGCUCAAUCAAUCGCUGAAGGCCUUGGCCACUCAUCCAGUUUGGGCAUCUGGAUUAGGGAUCUGUGAUCAUAAUGCCGCAUUGAAGCCCAGCCUCGUUCAAUGUGUAGACCCUGAAUCAGCGGUUAUGGCAGCCUUUGAUUAUCUACCGGCUGCAGAGCCGAACCCAGCUGAGAUGCCGCACAUCUUCUGUAGUUGUGCAGAGCUUCAUCCAGGUGUUUGUAAGAGCGAGACAGGCUUGUUUGCAGAAGUGGUGACCAUGGUGCAACAGUUCCAACGUUGCCUGGAAGUGCACAAGAUCCUGGGUGUGUCUCUCUUCAACAUGCAGGUCGAGUCGACUUCUUUGUCGUGCUCGACCUCCUCCUCAAGAGACAUCUCGGAGCCGUUGUGGCUGCUGAUGGGUUGUGUCAGUAAGAGGCCGCUAUCUCAUGUAAUGGGAAGGCUUGUCCCCCACAGGCUUGUUGCAGAUGUCGUGACCCCGCUCGUUGCAGACUCUAUGUGGCAACUACAGACACUUCAUGGCAUUCUGCGUGAGAUUUCCAAACGGGUGCUGGCUGAGCAUUCAGAACUGAGAAAAUUGCGCGUUAAGUGUUGCUAUCACUCUUUCGAAGCAGUAUCCAGUGUCGGUGAUGCAAUGAACCAUUUUCGGACAGGCUCGGCUAUUGCUACUUUUGUGAUUGGCCCUGAAGUUCCAUUUGAAUUGAAGCCUCCACGACAAGUUGCGACUUCCUUCAGGCCCUUUGGAAUCUCGUUGGACAAAUCAUCUGGGAGGGGACGUGGACGGUCCCGCGGCCGUGGUCGUGAAGCCAGUGCCAGGCCUUCUGCGAAGAUCAACAAAAGUGCAUCUAGUGUCAGUGGGGAAGCAGGACCGGCGGUCGAGCUAGAGCAAGAGGAUUCGAGCCCAGAGGAUGCGGAGCCGCCUGUCGCAGGUACUGCUGCUUUUGCUUUCGACCGGAUGCAGAAGCACGACACAAGCCCAGUCGAACUCUUGUCAGACGAUCUCCAGCAGGAAGUGGCAGCCGCAGCAAGGACGGUGGCCAACCAGGGCGGCGAUUUCGAUACAGAGGAUCGUGCAGCAUCGGAAAUACAUUCGGAGAUUGCUCGGGCUCAAAAUCGUGACGUUGAUGAUGUUGCUGCUGCUGCCAGUGCUUCUAGGGGCGGUGCUGAGGCUACGGCUACCACUGGCCCUAAUCUGGCCGCUGACCGUGGCGACCUUCCUUUCAACACCAGCCUUGGGAUCGUGGGAUGCAGCAUUCUCCAGAGGCGCACCAAUUGCUUCAUUUGCAAGCAGUCCAUCAGCAAAGGUGACUACCGCUUGGAAUAUGCAUCUUCUGCGAAGAAGCCGUCCCGGUCCUUGCAUCCCGAAUGUGUUUCCAGUAUUGCUACAGAGUCGACUGUCGCAGCUUCGCUGGAUUGGCUGUCCACAGAGUUGGUCAAGCCUGCUUUGGAUGCUGAGAAGGCAUCGCUGUUGCAAGAUGUUCGUAGCAGGAUCCUUCGAUGUCAGUGCACCGGUGCUUGA